UUCGAAAUGGCCGUUUUAAUCGUUCUACUGCUCGGUGCCCUUACCCUCGCUGUGUGGUUUGUGCAACAGCGCUUUAGCUAUUGGAAGCGCCGCGGCAUUCCACAUGAUGCACCCACAAUUCCAUUCGGAAAUACCAAAGAGCUAAUGAAAACCGUGCAGAUAUCGGAGAUAUUCAAGCGAACCUACUUCAAGUACAAGAACAAGACCGAUGGACCAUUCGUCGGAUUCUAUAUGUAUUUCAAGCAUAUAGCUCUUGUAACCGACAUUGAUUUCGCGAAGACCGUUUUGAUCCGCGACUUCGACAAGUUCCACGAUCGCGGUAUAUUCCACAACGAGCGGGAUGAUCCGCUGACCAAUAACCUGGUAAAUAUCGAGGGUCUUAAGUGGAAGACACUUCGUCAGAAACUGACGCCCACUUUCACAUCUGGAAAAAUGAAGAACAUGUUCCCCACAAUUCUGAAUGUGGGAGAUGAUUUGAUAAGGGUGUUCGGUGAGAAGGCCUCCGCCAGCAAGGAUUCUCUGGAGAUCACGGAUCUAUUGGCUCGAUUCACAGCCGAUGUAAUAGGAACGUGUGCCUUUGGUUUGGAAUGCCACAGUUUGUCGGAUCCCAAGGCUGAGUUUGUUACAAUGGGCACUUCUGCCAUCACCGAGCGACGUUACGGAAAGUCCAUGGAUCUGAUUCUCUUUGGAGCUCCCAAAUUGGCAGCCAAACUGCGCAUGAAGCAGAGUCCCCAGAAAGUCGAGGACUUCUACAUGAAGAUCAUCAAGGAUACAGUGGACUUUCGCGUGAAAAACAACGUGAAGCGAAAUGAUUUCAUGGACAUGCUGAUCGAAAUGAAGUUGAAGUACGAAAACGGAGACAAGCAAAAUGGUCUAAGCUUCAAUGAAAUCGCUGCCCAGGCUUUUAUAUUCUUCCUGGCUGGUUUUGAAACCAGCUCCACAACCAUGGGAUUUGCCUUGUAUGAAUUGGCCUUGAAUCAGGAUAUUCAGGACAAACUCAGAACGGAAAUUGAUAGUGUCCUUAAGAAGCACAAUGGAAAACUGGACUAUGACAGCAUGAAGGAGAUGAGCUAUCUGGAAAAGGUGAUCGAUGAAACCAUGAGAAAACGUCCUGUAGUUGGUCACUUGAUCCGUGUCGCCACUGAAAACUACGAGCACAGUAAUCCCAAGUACAAUAUUGAGAAGGGCACUGGAGUUAUAGUGCCCACCUGGGGCAUUCAUCACGAUCCGGAGUUCUAUCCGGAGCCGGAGAAGUUCAUUCCGGAGCGAUUCGAUGAGGAUCAGGUGCAACAGCGUCCGGCCUGUACUUUCCUGCCUUUUGGAGAGGGUCCCCGAAAUUGUAUUGGCCUUCGGUUUGGAAGGAUGCAGGUCUUCGUUGGAAUGGCCCUGCUCAUCCACAACUUCAAGUUCGAAGUGCACCCCACCAAGACUGUCGUGCCAAUGGAGUACAGAGCCGAUGACAUCCUGAUGAGUUCGAAGGGCGGAAUCCACUUGAAAGUCAGCCGGGUUGUUCGGCAAUAAAGAUAAUUAAAAAGUAAUUUGGCUUUAGUUGAAAAAUCGUUAGAGGCUACAGCGCAGUUAGUUGAAUAGAUAGUAUUUUAGACGAUAACUAGCGUAUUGUUUUUAAUUGUACUCUCAGUUAAUAAAUAAGCUUUUGCUUUUGCUUGUUUGCCAUGAGAAAGUGAUUACUUUACUAACAAUGAACUUGUGUUACAUAAGUCAGGUUUUUUAAUUGUCCUCAUUAAGAUUUUAGUGUAACAUUGUUGCAAAAAGUUGACUAAGAAAUAAUUCAAUAAAAUUUUUGUUGGCUGUCUA